AUGGCCACAGAACAAGCAUCAAAGCGGAUCAAGCCCAAUGGUUUUACCCCCAAUGGCCCACUGAUCGGCACGCACAAUGGCCACUUCCACGCCGACGAGGCCCUCGCCGUCUACCUUCUCCGCCUUCUCCCCACCUAUAACCCCUCCACGCUUCUUCGAACUCGCGACCCUUCUCUCCUUGCUACUUGUCACACGGUCGUUGAUGUAGGCGGCGAAUACGACCCCCGAAAAAAUCGAUACGAUCACCACCAGCGCACCUUUGAUGCCACCUUUCCCUCGCGACCCACCAAAUUGAGCUCGGCUGGGUUGGUCUAUUUGCACUUCGGCAAGCCCAUAAUCGCACAAAAAUCGGGUUUCAGAGAGGACAGUGAGGAAGUCGGCAUCUUGUGGAAUAAGCUUUACGCAGAGUUUGUGGAGGCGCUGGAUGCGAAUGAUAAUGGAAUUGGGGUGUAUGACCCACAAGAUGUAAAGGGCGUAGAGAAACGCUUCAAUGAUGGGGGUGUUAGUCUAGGAAGUCUAGUCGGAGAUCUCAAUUGGGCUUUUGAGGAAGGAGAGGUGCCGAGCACGGAGGGAGCACAGCAGGCAGAGGAUCAGAGAUUCUUGGGCGCAAGUCAAUUGAUGGGCACAAUCUUCUUGAGGAAGCUCGAUUACUAUACGAAAGCCUGGUUGCCUGCUCGGACGCAGGUUAGGGAGACGCAUGCGGCAAGGUUCGAGUGGGAUGAUCAAGGCAGGAUCAUGCUAUUUCAGCAGGGGUGUCCCUGGAAAGAUCAUUUGUAUACUAUAGAGGCAGAAGACGAGGUGAAAGAAGAGAACAAGGUGCUAUAUGUUCUAUAUCCCGAAAGCGAGAAGGAGGAAAGCAAGUGGCGUAUUCAGGCAGUUGCUAUCAGUAAAGACAGUUUCGAAUCGAGAAAAGCGUUACCUGAGGCUUGGAGAGGUGUGAGAGAUGCUGAGCUGAGUGCUAUUAGCGGUAUUGACGGGUCUAUAUUCGUGCACGCGAGUGGCUUCAUUGGUGGCAACGCUACCAAAGAGGGAUCUCUGAGCAUGGCGAGGAAGGCAUUCACGCCAUGA